CUUUUGCCAAUUCCACCGCUCGCCUUGAAAAUUUGAGGAAAACACUGAGCGCCAAGAGCCGCCAAUCUGAUCCGAAUCGCUGGCGCAGGAGAUUUUCAUUUUCCGUUGAAUUUUAUCAAAAGUAAUAACGGCGAAUUGAUUCCGAGGUUGUCACUCUUCGUCGUUGAGAUCCAGAGAAUUGAAUUUCCCUAUCUCGGAGUAUCCGAUUGAAAGCGAAAAUAAAUCCCAAUAGCAAGCAAAGCGAACGAAUAUGGCGUGCAUUGUAAAUUUCCCAGCACUCGCAAAUCCAAAUCAGCCUCGCGCUUCUUCUACUCUAUCGCCCGUUUGCUGCUCUGCGAACUUAUCCAAGUCUCUUUCUUCUCACCUUUCUUUCUUUUGUUCAUUGGAUUAUGGAUUUAGCACCGAGGCCUCAAUCAGAUUUCACUUGAAUAAGUCUUCGACGGCGAAGGCUGUCAAUUCUGCGAUUGUUGCAUCUAUAAAGCCGGAACCGCCGAAGAUUAUGAUUUCCGGAGCUCCUGCAUCUGGUAAGGGAACACAAUGCGAGCUUAUCACCAAGAAGUAUGGUUUGGUGCAUAUUGCUGCUGGAGAUUUACUUAGGGCAGAAAUUGCAACAGGAAGUGAAAAUGGAAAGCGAGCAAAAGAAUAUAUGGAGAAAGGACGAUUGGUCCCAGAUGAAAUAGUUGUCAUGAUGGUCAAGGAUCGUCUUUUGAAGCCAGAUUCUAAAGAGAAUGGCUGGCUUUUGGAUGGAUAUCCCAGGAGCUUAUCACAAGCAACUGCACUCAAGAAAUUUGGGUUUGAACCAGAUCUUUUUAUUCUUCUAGAGGUUUCUGAAGAUGUUCUUGUGGAGAGAGUAGUUGGACGAAGAUUGGAUCCUGUUACUGGAAAGAUAUAUCAUUUGAAGUAUUCCCCCCCAGAGAAUGAGGAAAUUGCAGCAAGGCUUACCCAACGUUUUGAUGAUACUGAAGAGAAGGUUAAGUUGCGAUUGCACACCCAUCAUCAAAAUGUAGAGGCUGUCCUUUCAAUGUAUGAAAAUAUAACCGUUAAGAUUAAUGGAAAUGUCUCCAAGGAGGAAGUAUUUGCUCAAAUUGAUAGUGCAAUUACAAAUUUGUUAGACCCGAGGAAGGCUGCUUCAGGAUCUUUGGCUGCAUAGGAAAAAGUGGACUAUUUGCCUGGAAUGUCAACUUUUAAUCAACAUUUGCAAGGGGGAUAAAGGAGCCUUCACGAAAAAUAAAAUGUAUUUUCUGGACACUGAGUUGUUGAAAGAUGGACGUGCUCAAAGAUGUUUCACUUUAUUCUGGCAAAGCUUUGUAUGGUAUUGUAAUAGGAUAGGCAUACUUAUCUCUUCAAAAUAGCGUUUUGACAUCGAUCAACUUGUGGAUGAAGGAUUUUGUGAAAUGUUAUUUGUUCAUAUAAUUCAUUUUGAUGUAGUAAGAUAGUGGAUACGAAGAUUAUCUACAGAACGCAAUAAUAUGCAACCUGUGAGCUGUUAUUUACUUGAUUCUA